AUGGUGCAGAUUCACCCUGUCCAAGCAUUAUCGGUAGUUUCCGGCGCUGGGGAAGAGAAGAGCUCGCCGUACGUGGCGACAGAGCAACAGAGUUUCACGAUUUGGAUGAGAUCUCUAGUGUACCAUAGCAAAGGCUGCACAGUUUAUGAUUCCAAAGGAAACUUAAUCUACCGAGUGGAUAAUUACGAUUCCAAGAGUUGCGGUGAAGUUUACCUUAUGGACUUAUACGGAGAAGUCUUGUUUGAGUUUCAACAAAAGUUUGGAUUAUUCAAAUCUUGUGAAGGAUACAACUCAACCGGGACAAGGUUUCGACUAAGAAAGAACUUCAAGAUUUCGCCAAGAGGUUCAUCUUCGUCUUACAAAGUUGUAAUGGAAUCCAAUAAAGAUGAUCGACAAUCUUGUUAUAAGAUUUUGAAUCAUGCGUCGGUUUUCACAAUCGAAGAUGGAUCAGGGAGAUUUAUGGCAGAAGUGAAAAAGAAAAGAUCGAACGUUAAUGGUUUAGAUUUUGGAGAAGAUGUAUUGACAAUGGUGGUGGAGCCACAAGUAGACCUUGAAAUUGAAUUCUCAUUCACGACGAUGUGGAGAAGAUCAGCGUCGUUCGUCCUCGACAAGCACCACAACAACAAACCCAUCUCUCUAACUCCUUCCCUCGAUUCGAUGGCGGAGGUAAACCCUAACCCUAACCCUAACCCUAAUCCUAAUCCAAUUUCGGCUUACUACCAAACGCGAGCGAAGCACCACGGGAUCGUGACGAGCGAUUGGCUAGAGCAGGCACAAGCCGCCGUCGUUCGCUACCCCGACAAGGAUUCUCCCGUCGCGGGGAGAAGACCGUUUAGCGUGAUCGAGGAGUUCGACUGCUGGAGGCAGCAGCCGGAUUUGGCGGAGGCGGUUGCGGCGGUUCGGGCUCUUGCGGCGGUUAUUAGGGCUAGCGAGGCGACUACGAUGAUGGAGCUCGAGAUCGAACUCAAGAAAGCUUCUGAUACGUUGAAAUCAUGGGACACAACUUCUAUAUCCUUAACAGCGGGUUGUGAUCUAUUCAUGCGCUACGUGACUCGAACAUCUGCCUUAGAAUUUGAAGAUUUCAAUGCAGCAAAAGCCCGCGUGCUUGGACGUGCUGAGAAGUUCGGAGAAAUAUCUUACAAGGCCCGGAAGAUUAUUGCAGUGCUUAGUCAAGAUUUCAUAUUUGAUGGGUGCACUAUACUGGUUCAUGGCUUCUCCAGAGUUGUUCUUGAAAUACUAAAGACAGCAGCUCAGAACAAGAAACUCUUUCGAGUCUUGUGCACAGAGGGAAGGCCAGAUAAAACUGGUGUGCUGCUAGCUAAAGAGCUUGCAAAGCUAGAUGUUCCAGUGAAGCUUCUGAUUGAUUCAGCUGUGGCCUAUAGCAUGGAUGAAGUAGACAUGGUGAUCUUUGGAGCCGACGGAGUAGUUGAAAGUGGCGGUGUUAUUAACAUGAUGGGUACCUACCAAAUCGCUCUCGUUGCACACACUAUGAACAAACCAGUCUAUGUAGCUGCAGAGAGCUACAAGUUUGCACGCCUCUACCCGUUGGAUCAAAAGGACUUGGAACCGGCCUUGAGACCUGUUGAUUUUGGUGUUCCUGUUCCUCCUAAGGUUGAGGUAGAAAGAUCUGCGAGAGACUACACUCCACCUCAGUACUUGACUAUGCUAUUCACUGAUCUUGGCGUUCUCACUCCCUCUGUAGUUAGUGAUGAGCUAAUUCAGCUUUACUUGUAAGUAAAAGCUAGUCUGAGAACUUUCAUUUCUUUGUAUAAAAAUUAGAACACCAUUUUUUUUUGGCUAUACAUAGCAAGCUUUUCUCUGGUUCUACUGCUUAUGUAGAAAGUUUUGGUGUGACAGAGAGAUUGUGACUUGUAAUCUUCACUCAAAACUGAUAUAAAAGUGUAUUCUUUAUAGAA